AUGAACGGCGCAGCGGAGACUUAUCUCCAAUCGGGACACCAAUACCGUCUGCCGUCAUCGAGCUGGUCCUCCUGUAUCCACGACCUCCUGAGAAUCCCGUCACCCAAUGCUGCCCCCUCCGAUCAACCCCACCACAAUGAUCCAAUUUGCUGCGCUGUGGAAUUGGCACCGACUACAACAAACCCUGGACGAAAAAUUUACAUCCGAGCAGAUCGAGUGGCCUUUGUCCGACCCGACCGGUGGGAGCCUUGGAACGACGAACGGAUCCCAGCGGUGCGAUUUAUCGAGUACUUUAGGAUGUCGAGGGCUGAUUUUCUUUGGGACAAGAUCAGCUCCGUCGGCCAUGUGGACAUACAGGGCCAUACAGACCAUAAGACCUGUAGUGGCAUCCCAUACGGCUGUAUUCCAUUUCCCAUAAGCGGACUUCACGAUUUUUCGUUUUCAAACAACCUCUUGGAGGUUGUUUGA